GCCUGAGGCGCGUCCCGGGACCGGCCGCUGAUGGCGGCGCUGGCGGCUCGGCCGCUGCGUGCGUGAGGCGCUCGCCUCCCUCUUCCUCUUCUUCCUCCUCCUCCUUCUUCCGCCGCCAUGACCGAGGAGCCGUACGAGAAGUUCCUGGCCCCCGAGGAGCCGUGCCCGCUGCUCUCGCAUCAGCACCCGCCGCGGGGCGGCAGCUUGAGCCUGAGCGAGGAGGGCUGCCUGGACGUCAGCGACUUCGGCUGCCAGCUCUCGUCCUGCCACCGCACCGACCCGCUGCACCGCUUCCACUCCAACAGGUGGAACUUGACGUCUUGUGGAACCAGCGUAGCCAGCUCAGAGUGCAGUGAGGAGCUGUUCUCAUCGGUUUCAGUCGGUGAUCAAGAUGACUGUUACUCUCUAUUGGAUGACCAGGAGUUCACCUCUUUUGAUUUGUUCCCCGAGGGUAGCGUCUGCAGUGAUGUCUCCUCUUCUAUCAGCACAUACUGGGAUUGGUCAGACAGCGAGUUUGAAUGGCAGUUGCCUGGCAGUGACAUUACAAGUGGGAGUGAUGUACUUUCUGAUGUUAUACCUAGUAUUCCAAGCUCUCCUUGUCUGCUUCCAAAAAAGAAAAACAAGCACAGGAAUCUCGAUGAACUUCCAUGGAGUGCAAUGACAAAUGAUGAACAGGUUGAAUAUAUUGAAUAUCUGAGUCGCAAAGUCAGUACAGAGAUGGGCCUUCGAGAGCAACUUGAUAUUAUUAAAAUUAUUGAUCCUACUGCUCAGAUCUCACCUACAGAUAGUGAAUUCAUUAUUGAAUUGAACUGUCUCACAGAUGAAAAACUGAAACAGGUGAGAAACUAUAUCAAGGAACACGGACCUCGUCAACGGUCUGCAAGGGAAGGCUGGAAGAGGAGUAGCUACAGUUGUGCAAGUACCAGUGGUGUGAGUGGUGCCAGUGCCAGCAGCAGCAGUGCCAGCAUGGUCAGCUCAGCAAGCAGCAGUGGUUCUAGUGUUGCUAACUCCGCUUCAAACUCGAGUGCCAACAUGAGUCGAGCGCACAGUGAUAGUAAUUUGUCCACAAGUGCUGCAGAAAGAAUCCGGGAUUCAAAAAAACGUUCCAAGCAACGGAAACUACAGCAAAAGGCCUUACGUAAGAGACAGCUGAAAGAACAAAGACAAGCUCGUAAGGAAAGACUGAGUGGAUUAUUUCUUAAUGAAGAAGUGCUAUCUUUAAAAGUGACUGAGGAGGACCAUGAAGGAGAUGUGGAUGUUUUGAUGUGACAGGGGUGAAUUUAUCAGUGUUCUUUCUAAGCCUUAAAUGUAUUAUCCUUAUUGUUUACAUAUAUUUCUUGACCAAAAUUUGAUUAGUGUUAACAAUAUAAACCAGAUCUUUUCUCAAGUGUAAUUUUGGUAAGAAGGUUUAAGUAUUGAGUAACUUCAGCUUUUGAGACUAAUUUUGCAACAGACUUCAGAAACUUAAUUGUCUUCUGAAAAGCUGCUGAAUAGAUACAAUUUUAAGGAAAUUUGAACUUGUCUAACAUGCUAACUUACUUGCAAGGCCUAAGUCUAGGGGUGCGUUUGGAUGACACUAAGCAUGCAUUACUAUGCUUCAGCUUUUUUGUUUUUUCCAACUUAAUAUUACAUUUGGCUUGUUCUGUCUUCCUUUCCCAUUAUUAGGAAGAUUGUUUAGCAUGAGGAAAAAAAUCUUUAGUUCUAUAGGGCUUUCUUUGUCUUGCUCUUGGAUCAUACAAAAUCAAAGUACUGUGACAAAUUGCAACUUCUAGAAAAGGACUUAUCUCAAACUACAUAGAAAACAAGAAACAGAACUUCUUGUGCAGGGAAUCUGUAACACAAAUAACACCUAAUAAUGUUCUUUAGGAAGCAGAAUUAAAAAAACAAAAAAACCAACAACAACUUGCAAGCUUAGUCUUCAGAAAGUUAUUUUGCUGCUCAAUGUCUUAUAGUAUGAUUGUUACUAAUGGUUGACCAGUACAUCCUUAGUAUUGCUAUGAAAAGAUUCAAAUACAAACAUCGUUUUGCAUUGAAAGUACACUAAUCUGCAAUUAAGUUGUCUAGGACACUACAAUAGUUAAAAAUGCUACUGGAAACAGAAGUGCAAACAAGUGGCACACAACUUUGGUGUUUUUUUUUCCCCAGAAGCAUAUCUAGAUUCAUGUUGGCAGGAGAACUUAAUUAAUGCAGCUGUGCUUUUUAAUUGUAUGUUUAGCUGAGGAUGUGUCUUCUCUGUGGGUUGUUACACCAAUACAUGUUUCAGAAUUCUGCUUUUGUUGUCUAUCUGCUUUUGAAAUUUCUCUUGCUAAGAAAAUGAGGUAAAAUUGUGGCUUUCAUGUAGGAAGGUAAAAGUAGUUUUAACCUGCUUCCUAAUUCUGACAAUCUGUUAGGUGGCUUUUGUCUUUAUCUUGGAACUACUUGUUACAGAAUUCCUUCCCCCCACAGCUGAGAUAAAAAUCAUACUUCUAAAUUUCAGUGUGAAACUUAAAAGAGGAUAAAAGUAUUUUCUAGUUCUGAGUUUAGGAAGUAGUUUUUAAUUAUCUUGAUCCUUCAUUACUUUCAUUUUGCUCCUGUGAAUUAAGGAGUUUGGCAGUUCAGAGUGGGCCACAGGUGCCUGUAAUUGCAGGAUAUAGCCCAAUCCUGCAGAACUGCAUGAUCAACUUUAUAUAGGACUACUCACAUUCACUUUGCAUGUCCUGCACAGACUUAGCCCUGACAGCUGAAGUAUUUUUCUUUCAGAAGUGGCAUUCCUUGUAGCCUCAAACUAAACUGACCAGUAAAAUAUCUGAACAAUGGCCUCUGAAAGGGUUUCAAUAAGAAAUAAAUGAGGUCCAUAGUCAAACUAGUAUGUUUGAACUUAGUCACUCUUACUGCUGCUAGACAACAGGUACCCAGACUUGGCCAUUGACUGAUUAAAAACUAUGUAAUGUUGUUUUAAACUUGAGUGUUAGCUAUGCCAUAUGGCCAGUUAUUUGGCCACUAACCAGAAGUGAAUGUUACCUGUCAGUAUUUGGUUGUACUGCACAAUAGCUUGUUGAUGGCUCUCUCCCUUCUAGAAGAAAUACCAAAAACUUCUUAACAGUAUACAAGUGACUGAGGAUUUAGAUUGACUUAAAUCUGGAGCUUCUUUUAAAUAUCUUGGAAGAAAAAAUUGAAUUGCUGUCUGUUCAGCUAAUUUCAGGGUGCAGCUGUUGAACUCUUGCAACUUACCGUGGCUGUAAUGGAUGAAUUCAUCAUGAAACAUUUUGCUGUGGGUACAGUGUCACAGUUCAGUACAACCUUUAUUUUCUGCAGUGACUUUGAAGUGUGAUUCCCACCCCACCCCACCCCCAAUGUUGUGGUUUAACCCCAGCCAGCAACUAAGCAUCACACAGCCGCUCACUCACUUCCCCCCCCACCCAGUGGGAUGGGGGAGAGAUUUGGGGAAAAAAAAAGUAAAACUCGUGGGUUGAGAUAAGAACAGUUUUACAGAACGGAAAUGAAGAAACUAAUAAUGAUGAUAAUAAGAAUAAUAAAAUGACAAAAAUAAUAAAAGGAUUGGGAUAUAUGAAACAAGUGAUGCACAAUGCAAUUGCCCACCACUUGCUGACCAAUGCCCAGUUAAUUCCCGAGCAGUGAUCCCCCAGCUUAUAUACUGGACAUGACGUCACAUGGUAUGGAUUACCCCUUUGGCCAGUUUGGUUCAGCUGUCCUGGCUGUGUCCCCUCCCAACUUCUUGUGCUCCUCCAGCCUUCUUGCUGGCUGGGCAUGAGAAGCUGAAAAAUCCUUGACUUAGUAUAAACACUACUUAGCAACAACUGAAAACAUCAGUGUGUUAUCAACAUUCUUGUGCUACUGAACCCAAAACAUGACACUAUACCAGCUGCUAGAAAGAAAAUUAACUCUAUUCCAGUUGAAACCAGGACACUGAUGAAAAACGCACACUUAAUACUGUAGAGAACUGAGACACUGAAAUGAAUUGUAAGAAAGGUGUGAUAUCAGCGUGGUGGAGCAUGAAAGCGUGUCGCUUUAUUCUGUUUCAGCAGCUCUUCAGCAUUUAAAAUCCUUCAGGCUUUGUUGAGAGAAGACCCCCUCAUUUUGAUGAGGUACAGUUCUUUUUGAUCACCCAUCUACUAGCUUCCAGACGUCAUGAAAUGAGGGAGGAUAGUAUUUCCAUCUUGAUCUUAGCGUAAGCAUGUAAGUAUAAAUUAGUCUAAGUGGUUAGAUGGGUCCAGUUGCUCAUCUGUUACAUUGGAUGAAAAAGUCCUGGGUGCCACAGUAGCUGAUUGUGGUAUGUCAUCUCCAGCUGGGUACUUCAGUCACUUGUGUGACAGUUAAAAUGAUAGAAGAGAGUGGAUUUCCAGGGGUUCUGUGGUAAUAAUUUAUAGCUUUGUAAUCUUGUAGUCCCAGGAUGCUUAUAACCUAAGAAACUCUGAAUGUUCUGAUAAGACUGCAGAAUAACAUCUUGCUUACCUGAAUGUUGUCUUUGCCAAGUAUUUGGUGUCUCAGAGGUUCAGGCCUGAAGUAGCUGUGGGAUUCAAGAGUUCCCACAUACUUCUACAUGUUUGCAUUUUUUUCCCUUUUCUCAUCCUUCCGAGUUCUAGUGACACACUCAUUUUGUGGAGGGGGCAGGUGUUUUUGUCACAUUCUUGUCUUUCCCUGCAAUAUGCUGUGUGCUUACCCAGGGAAGUGGUAGAGGCACCAUCUCUGGAGGUAUUUAAAAGAAGUGUAGAUGCGGUGCUUAGGGACGUGGUUUAGUGGUGGACUUGGCAGUGUUAGGUUAAUGGUUGGACUUGAUGAUCUUAAAGGUAUUUUCCAACCUAAAUGAUUCUAUGAUUCUAUGAAUUUAUACUGGAUAUCCUUGUCAUUAGUCAAACAGUUGGAAUUUUAAUUAAACCUGGUCUUGCUGAUUCGAGUGUUGGCCAUUGUGGCUACCACUUUGUUUUACAGAAGUUAUCUACAGAUUAUUGGGUUCAGAUAGAUAAAGAAGAGUAGCAGACUGCUAAAAUCAUGCAUUCUUAUUAGUGCUUUUUCAAAAAAGAAUAAAAUCUCUGCUUUUUAUUCAUAGAUAAAAAAAUGUCAAGAUUAAAAGCAAAAUAAGAGACAAACAGGAAAAAGCUCAUAGUUGUAUGGCUCCAUAGUACUGAAGCUAUAUGUCUAGGUGCUUUGUACCCACUGUAAUAUGAAUGUAAUCAAUUUACACUCUGUAACAUUAACGGUUUGCUUCCAUGGUAACUUUUUCGCUAAAAAGGCUUAGAAGGAGCACUGAAAGUCUGAUUGCAAGAGGACUGUAAACAAUAGAGAACAUUCUUUUCUAAUAUGAUUUUAAAUAUGAGGAAGAAAGCUAGCUUCCUGACAAACCUGUCUAAUUUUUGUGUGUGUAUCUAAUGUCAUUCUUUGUUAAGAUAAUAUCUAUUUUUCUUUAUCUGGGAAACUGAUUAAAAGAUGGUUAUAGUAUGCUCAGUAUGGGAUGCUUACUAAGAAGAGCAAGAGAAUUCUUUGCACGACUUUCCUGGGCUUAACUUUCAGUUCUCAUUUUGUGGUCUGAAACCUGUGAAGAUCAUUCUCUGGGGAAAAAACAAACCAACCAGCCUGCUUGAACUUAUUCAUACACAUUUACAUCAGAGUGCAUAUACAAUAUAGAAACAUACAAAAAUGGCAAUAUUUACUGUUCAUCUACACUGAAUGGCCUGAAGCCGUUUCUUUUCUCCUAACAGUCUUUUCAGCUUUGAAAUCAGUUGAUGCAUUGGUCUAUAAAUAUUAAUAAACCUGACUGUUUUGGGGGCUCUUGAAGUUCAUUCUUAUAAGCCAGAUUUUCAUGGAAAAUGUUGUUAGAUUUGUUGGCUUAAUGUUCUUUAGCUUACUGAUCUUGCAGUUCUUGGGCAUAGAAAAGACAAGUCAACAUGCGGUUUUCCAUUUAAGGUUUGCAAAGAUAGUUUAUUAAUCUGUCAAGGGAAAAUCAUAGUAAUAUUCAAAGCUUGUCUGUUUUGACUGUUAACUCUGAUUAAUCAUACUUGCAUUCUCUCAUCUGGCUAACUUUAAAACAUUUCCAAAUUACAAAUAAAUUCUUCCAUUUAAAAAAAAAAAUUGUAAUGUUGAAGCCUUGAAUAUAGUUCAUAACCAAAGCAAGGGGAAAGUGGGUUUUGUGAUUUUUUUUUUUUUUUUUUUUCUGUUUUGGGGGAGAGAUGGGAGGUAUAGAUUAGAGCAUAUGGUACUGCGUAAAUUGAGAGUGGUUUUUUCCCCAGGUUCUCUGCUAAUUGUAUUGCUAAAAUGCACUUUUGUAUAGAAAACUGUCCUCUGUACAUUCUGUACCUACUUUACACAAUGUUUAUAGAGAUUUUUCUGAAGUUGUGAAGGAUUUACUGAAAGCUGCAAUGCUGGUGACUGAUGCUGUUGACUUAAGUUUUCAUUGUACUUGAAAAUAGUUACGUGCAUAUUGAAGUACAGGUUGGAAUUAAAAUUGAUGACAUAGCAAAGUUA